AUGGUAUUGCUCUUGAUUGGGGAAGAUAUUCAAAUUAAAAAAUCAGACAAGAAAACAGCUAAAGAUAGUUAUAUAAAUAGAAUUAACAAUCUAGAUAAUAAAUCUUUAAUCCUUUAUUCAGAUGAAUUCAAAGCUGAAGAAAAUCAAUAUGCUAGUGCUGGUGUAUACAAUCUACAAGAUAAUAUUAGAUUUUUACAGAAUCUAGACAAAUAUCUUGAAGUUUUUGAUGCAGAACUGUUUGCUAUAAAUAAAGUAUUUAAAUUAACAAGUUCUAUCUCUCAAUCUUAG